GCCGCUCGGGCGCAGAGGCCGACGCCGCGCUAGUCAUUCCUCUUUGGCAGCCCUUUUCGCCAGCCAGACCUGAACCCCAUGCCCUGAGUACCCGCGUGCCAUAAGAUGACAUCAGCUACCAGAAGACAUGGCUCAAAGUCAGCUGUGUUGACCUUCAAGGCAGCAGGCCCUCAUCCAUUACUUAGAUGCAACAGCGCUAGAACCAUGCGUGACGGAAAGAAUAUUGACGUAGGUGGCGUAAAGCCCCUCGUCUCCAGGACAGAAAUACACUGCGGGAGAACGGGAAACUCUCGCACCAAUGCUGGAAAACCUGCGUAUAAAUCUCAGGAAGAGCAGUACCAGGAGAUACAAGAGCUCCGCAGACACCUCGGAGAACUGCGUGAAGAGAACUCUGGCCUCAAGACGCGGACCCGACGGCUCGAGGAGGACUUGAUCCGCAGAGACCGUCAGAUAGAACAGCUGAUGGAUCCAGCCAAGAAUGACGAGGCUAGGAGAAAGUUAACGGACAAGGGAGCCUCUCUAGUGUCCAGCUUGAAGUUAAGAGUUUCACGCCUGGAAUCGACACUAAAGGAUAAGGAAGCCGAGCUUGCAAAGCUUCAAGCCUCAGCCAAAGCAACGGCCUUGAAUGAACUGAAGAUCGAGGCUGAAACUUAUUACCAGGAGGUUGUAAGACUGAGGAAUCAAUUGAAUGUGGCUCAGCAGCAUCAGCAGCAACAGCAAUAUCAACCUCAGCAGCAUCACCAACAUCAACAGCAGCAGCAGCACCCUCAGCAACAGUACCAAAAGGUUCCCCAGCAAAGCUCUCCUCAGCACACACACGCACAACUGCACUUGCAGCCUCCUACACCACCUGACGGCAAGAGCAUGAAUGUGGCCCACUGGUCCAACCUCCGUGGCAGUGGUCGGGAGAGCAGGGAGGGCAUGCAGGGCUAUAGGGACGGCGGUGAUGGUCAGGAGUCACCCACGCACAGUUUAAGGCACGCGCUCACCCAGAUGGAGGAAGAGAACGCCCGCCUUGGACAGCAGGUGGCAGCCUUGGCGUCGGAGAAGGCCAAGCUCACGGCAGACAUAGAGAGGGUUCUAGGGCUUUCUGAUGAAGUCAAAAGCAACUAUGAGGGGCUCAACCGGGCGGAACUGAUACGUGAAAUUGAGCGGAGGCACGAGGAGGUGACGAGGUUGGAGACGCAGCACAGCCAACUCACGGAAGCACUUGCGAGGAGGAACGACCUGGCGGGGGACAGCGCUGCUCUCCUUCAGGCCAGAGUAUCGGAGCUCCAAGCAAGGGAGGUUGAAUGGGAGAGGGAGCGUUCGAGCAUGAGAGAGCUAAUCAACACUUUGAAAGACGACCGGUUGUUUUACAAGGAGACUGCUCAGAAGAAAGAGUCGGAACUGGAUGGUCUUCGUCAGGAAAUUCAGACCCUCCAACAGGAGGUCAUCUCCCUCCACGACCAAAACCGCAGACGCAAUGAGAGGCCGACGCCCCCUCCCCCUCAGAGGUCUGUACGUGGAACGGCGAGGCCUACAGUAUCCAGUGCUUCAAGGUCAGGUUCGAGCAGUGAGGCAAACACACCCACACGUCGUCCUCGCACGUCAAGUGCUCGACCCCCACCGCCAAGCACACGAACACAAAGGUCCUCUAAGUCAUCCAGCGAACCACGAGAAAUACCUCCUCAGAGCAAAAGCAGGAAAAUGCCCACUCCACAGACCACAAAGAAGCCUGCUGUUACCAAACCAUCUUCCAGGCAGACCUCAAGUACUUCGUCUCCAUCAAAGGUUACACCAAGCAGUUUGCAGAACUCUGUUGGCAAUGCGAGACCCAGCAGUGGUAGCAGAAGGACAACAGUAUCGUCUGCAAGUUCCUCUCCCAAAGCCAGCCCUUAUGCUUCACCCAAACACACCUCUGCAGCUAGCCGUGCAAACUCUAUAUCGGCCUCAAAGACUCCCACACCACUGAGUUCACCCCGCAAGACUGCAGGAACUGCAUCACCUCAACAGAAGCCUGCGGCCAAAACAUCCCCUCAGCACAAACCGUCUGGAUUGACUUCACCCUCGAAAGUGCCCACCUCUCGUGCCUCCUCUAGAACGAGCACCCCAUCAUCCUCAGUCAAAUCAUCCCCUUCGAAAGUAAACUCAGCUAAUCGUUCGCCCUCAAAAGUCCCCCUACCCAGCAAAACCAGCAGCCCAAGCAAAGCACCAGCGAUUAAGAGGGAAGAAAGUGCAAGUCCGACAAGAAGUCCGAGAACAGUGAAACAGGACACUGUCAGAGAAUCCUCUUUGUAUGCAACCUCUCGGCAUCUGGUAGAAUCCCUAUCCUCGGGCAUGGCUCCUGGUAGGGGGGGAGAUAGGCACCGCACUCCCAUGGCACAGCAGCAAGAGUGGCGCACGUACCACUCCUCCAGGCACGUUGUUCCUCACCAGCACUACGUUGGGAGCUCGCACCACAGGCACUAUCUUGGCGGACAGGAGGAAGAUGAGGAAAUUCUGGCAGAGAUCAUUUUCCACCGGGAGACUGACAGCAGCGGAGAGGCUUCGGACCCCUCCCACGGCAUGGUACGACAACGAACAAUGACCCUUAGCACCCAGGAUGACCAAGCUCCUCAGGGUGACAAGGAAGACGAGUCAGAGUCAGCAUCCGAACGCGCAGAGAGUAGCAGCUCCCUCAUCAGGCAAAACACAGUCACGCUUAGCAAGUCGGAGGAGAGUGAGAUUCGAGAUUCGAGAGAAGGCAGCGAGGAAGUAGAGGAAGCGGAAGCGGAAGCUGAGCAGGAGGAAGAAAGGCAGGAAAGCGAAGACCCUAAGAGUUCGAGAGAUAUAGAAAGUCCUGUCAUAUCAUCACAGGAUACAGAGAUUAUCGAGAACCUAGAGCUGCUUCAGUCCCUUCUGUCGUCUCACCUGAGCCGACAGCGUGAAGUGAACGAGCUUCUGAGUCAGGAACCGCUUCUGGUUGGAGAAGGACAGCCAUCAAGUGACAGUAGCCCAAGUGUCUCAUCUAGACGAAGGGGCAGAAGCACAAGAGAAGCGCCAGAUGGAGAAGAAGCGUCGAGGGGUUCCUCUAAACGCUCUCAGAGCCUGGUUCGGCAGGGGACCUUCAACGUGAGCGAGCAGGAGACCACAGUGGCUACCAUCCACGCUACGUUAGAUGCGCAUCUCACCAGGUAAGCUGUAAGCUGGAUGACCAGACAGAUCAUCUAAAUGUUGAAGUGGUAGAUAGGUGCUCUUAUUUGGAAAUGUGACGCACAAAAAAAUCCAGGUGCUGUGACUUUGUUGCUGCCUUCUCUUCUGAAACAAAUAGUAGAUUAGCAUAACGUCAGAGGUGUGGUUUCUACAAUUAGCGGGCUGAGUGUGUACAUCUGUAGAAGCUGGUACACAUUUUGCCCAUCAAAUGGCAUGUCAUUUUUGUAAAUGGUUCAAAUGUUUACAACUGUUGAUGAUGAUAGAUCAUAUAUCUAGGAUGAUGAAGUGACUAAGAUAAAGAAAACAUUCUAUGUAUAUGGUCGAUACAUACUUCAUAAAAAGCCAUAUGUAUUCCUGCUCUUUCUGCAACUAACAUGUUUAUGGAUACCUGCCAUUAGUAUGUAAGUGUUCAUUCUGCUGGCCUUUUAUAUCAUUCGAUUGUUCUUUAAAAUGAUUGUUGCUGGAAGGAUGUGUUUGAGCCCUCUGCUGUUGUUAUUAUCCCCCUUUGGAACAAGGCAGAUGUACGUUGAGGACUCUGACUUUGUGUAGUCUGGUAGCAUCUUUUGAUUGUAGUAACGAAACAAGAGUUCUGGCUUCUGCCUCAAGGAAAAAAAUGAGUAAACAUUAAAAGAACAAUGUGCUGGGGGACUUGUUUACAGAAAGCAUUACAGUCUGCUUAACUAUGUGACAGAGAAGAGUACAACUUGUAGAGAUAACUUACUGCCUCACUGGCUGGCUUGAAGAUCAUCAAGUUUACACAAUGGUUAAGUGAGGAAUCUGUUUCAGAAUAUAGACUCUUUACCUGGUUAGAUCUUGGAACUUCAGGUUAUGAAAGGGCUUGAGAAAGUAUAUACGUACAUACAUAUAUAGAUUUCAGGUAAUUGAUCUUCAGCUUGCCUAAGUACACCUUACUGUUACCUCAAAAUUAAUGUAGUGGAUUAUAGAGUGAUUUUUAGACAGUCUGUAUCACGAUAUUCUUUAGAAUAUACAAGUUUUUUAAUGUGCUAUGAUGUUAAACACAAUAUACAAAUACUGUAAUUAUGUAUGAAUAAUUGUAAUACACUAUUAUAUGGGAAUCCAUUAUAAUCGUCAGUGUUGAAAAAGUUCACCAAAUUUUUCUGAAGGUUGUAGUUAGGAAACAGUAGGCUGUAAUAGGAAGGGAAAGGUAAGUAGAAUUUCAAGAGCAGUCACAAUAAUCUUUCUUCACAAAAAUAAGUUUCAUGUGUAGAAAAAGAUGAGGAAAAGAUAUUAACAUUCUUCUAUUAAAAAGAAUAUGAGUAAAUGGACAGUGAUGUAUCUGCUAACUGAUCCAUCUGUCUUUUUGUGCUUGAUACAUUGCAGAAAAAAACAUCAGUGGCUCAUUUUUUGGGCUGUAGGUCGGAGUUUAGGUACUCCAGUCUUGUGUUUGUGACUGUUUCAUCAUCCUUUUUGAUUGUUGGGUCUUUGAAAGAAACAAUAUUUUUCUACAAUUUUGUAUAAAGCUCAUUACCUUCUAGGAUAUACCCUGUAUAAAACAGCUGGUCCAUUUACUCGGUGUCUAGUAAUGAGAAUAGAAAAAUAUUUAGUUCGGAUGGAUCAACGUAGCAAGAUCGUUCAUUUGCUGUGUUGCAUUCGGCUCAAGUGCCAGAGUCAGUAUAGUAACAGAUUUCUCUCUGGUUUCACUUUCAGCACAAAGAAAAAGAAAAAAAAAAGCAUGUUAUGAUUGUGUUGGUUUUUGAAAGGUAGCUUGUCAAAUGGAAGGGAUUGAGAAUUUCCAUUAUUCUGCAGGUUGUGUCAUUUACCUUGUUGUGAUGUACACUCCGAAAGGGAAGUGUGUCUUAUUGCAGUAUAGCUCAAGUAGCACAGACACUUUAAGGAAGGGAAGUGAUUGCUAUAGUUACUGCUGCUUUUGCUUCCGCAGCUGUUAACUCUUGUUAUUCGAUUGCAGCUGCGUUGGUGACGAAACUUUACAUGUCACGGCCAUUGUCAUUAUUUUUAUAUAUUUAUAUGCUUGUUUCUUAUUAUUUUUUACUCUCAUGACAGUAUUAUGUUUGAUGUUUUAUCGUUUUUGGUGUUGAUGAUAGGUUUUAUCAUGCUUAUCAUUUUAUUCAUGUAACAUUGUUGUUAUUAUCACCUUUACUAUCAUUGUAAGUAUAAUCUGAUUAACAAAUAUCAUUAUCAUCUCUGAUUUUAUGUUAUUUAAAUUUAACAAAAUGAGGAAAAUUUUGUGAGUUGUAUAUUAUUCUGUUAUGAUUUUUUUUUACUUAUUAGCCACAUUUUAGCAUGUUUAAAAGUUGCAGCAAUACUUUCAGUUGGCGGUUUGUUUUCCUUUUGUUCAUACGAUGUUUCAUCAGAUUGUGAUAAAAUCUAAUACUCAAAAGAUACAGUAGGAAUUAUAAGAUGAAUAGAUUUAUCAUGUAUAAAGAUCAAGGAAUUCAUGUUGUUGUGCAGUCUGGAAUCACACCAAAAAGCUCACCUUGAUUUGUCUGAUAAGUGAUAUGAACCUUUAUUGUCUACUUACAUAGAGAGAGGUGAAACGAGAAAUUCACAUGCUCGCAGCUUUCAAGGCUUGAAGGUACCUCAAGAGUGCUCAAAGUUUGUACUAUUAAAAUUGAAUGUUUGUAUAAUCAUUUGUGUUCAGUGUUUACCCCUUCCUCCCCCCCUUCCCCUGCAGUAUGGACUAACCCUGUGUUGCUGUGUUUCCCUUUUAACAUUCUGAAAAUAGGUGGAUAAUGGAGAUAUAAAGAUGGGUUUUUAAAAGUGGGUAUUUUCAUCCGACACGGACGACUGUUGGAAUCGAACAGGUAUUUAUGGAGUGCGAGUCAGAAAUAGAAUGGACGUUAUCUUCCUUGCAUCACUUUUCUUUGUAUUGGAGUUGUGCCGGUUUGCAGUUGUUCAUUAGGAUGAGUUGUAUAUGUUACUUUUUUGAUAUGUGCUAUCUAAUGUACAACGAUUAUCAGAACUGUAAUUUUAGUGCUAGUCCACUAGUCAUUUUUUUUCCAUGGUAUUAAUGCAAAGGUAACUAUAAUCUUGUGAACAAUAGCCUCUAUGUGCCUAAAAAUAUGGUCUUUAUCAUUUCCUGUCAAGUUUACUUAAUAUGUGGUGAUAUUGAUUGUCUUGUUUGGAAAUAUUAGGAAUGAUUUCUUGUGCUGAAAUGAGUUGAUUUACAUUUGAAAAAUUAUAGGCUACGGGGAAUUUAAUUGUUCGUUUUUAAAGUUUGUGAAGAGCAAAUGUGACCACUAGUUAAGGAUUCAGUUUUCAGAGACGAAGCCUACCUGUGAAAUUACUCUAUAUCAACCACUUAGAUUUGUUUAUCUUUUGUGUAAAUUUUUCCGUUUAAUUGCGCUCUGACAUGGAGGAAAGGCGCAAUAGGAAGAG